GAUCUUUUUUUUUUUUUUUUUUUUUUUUUUUUUUUUUUUUUUUUUGGUUUCAAGAUUAUGAAUUUGGUUAUGUUUGUUAACUGAUUUAUCAUUUGGUGAGUUUGGGGAUUGAAUUACAGUGGUUGUUAUUAUAUUAAUGGGUUAUUUUGUUUCAUAAUAAUGAUCAAGAAAUGUUAAGAGCUUUAUUGUAAAAGAGAUCAAGAUCUUCUUAAAUUAUGAUAUUUUGCCUAGGUUCUGAAUUUGGGUGUGUUUCAGCUUUUGAAUUUAGUGAUUUUUUUUUAUCAAAUUCCAGGAGGCUUUCAUCUUUUUUUGCUGCUUUUUUUUUGUUUGAUAUAUAUAUCAAGAAUUAUUGGGAGUUUGAAUUCAGUUUUUUUUUUUUUUUUUUUCUGUUUUUUUUUCAAAGCAAGCUGGCCGUUUAUAUGGUUCCCUGUUUGGGUUCGACAGUUUAAAGGGGGGUCAUAAUAAUAUAAAAACUAAAUUUGAAGAAGUUGAGCAACAUGCCGUGGACCUCUUUUGGAACGACUUCUUUCACGAUUUUCUAUCGGUUCAUACUGUAAUUUGAUUUUCUAAGGCUUUUUUGUUGGUUUUUUUUAUUGAGAAUGUUCAUCGGUGUUGCACAAAGGAGGAUUCAAAUCGUGAAAGAAGUCGGGAAAACUAAAAUGAGUGUUGGGAUCAUCGCCUAUUACAAUUUGAUGCAAGUUUGUCAGGCUGAAUAUUUCCGUCAGUUACUUAAGCCUGUUACGUAGACUUGACUUUUCAUAGUCAAAGCUUGUUUUUGUCCUUUCGGUUAUUUUUUCACAUUAGAAGACAGUAAAGAUAUUGAUCGGUUAGUCGUUGGUGAUUAUUACAAAUCGGGAACAUAAAUCUCUCCAGUACAAAAAAAUGGAAAUAACUUGAAAGUGCAUCAUUCGCACUACUCAUCGCGUUUACGAUUCUUGUUUUUUUAGCAUCACACUAAGCCCUGAAAACCAAAACUACAUAUAAAAAACGCGCAAGUUCAGAGUUCAGACGCAUUUAGUUAGAAGACGUAAUGCAGGGUGACCAACAUAAUUUCCCGCAACAUCAAGAUCAAAUGGGCUCGUUUUUUGGUCAAAACGUUGACUUACAUCCAUCAUGGGAUUGCCCGAGAAACUACGUAAUUUUCGACAGGACGGAUAACUGUAACCAGGUCAUGUACAACCCUGGUAUAAACACUGCACCGAUGCAAAAAGACAAAUAUACCCCCAGGGUUACAGAAGAAGAUUCGGCGGAUAUUGAUGCAUUGUUGAGCUAUGACGACGAGGAUGAAAAUGAAGAAUAUGAAGACGACGAGGUUAGCACAGCACGAACGUAUGGAGAUGACACGUAUGAUACAUCUGAUUCUUGCUCUUCGAGACGAAGAAACAAGUGGGUCGGGUCAACGUCGUCUCAUGGGUCAAAGGGUAGUUCGGGAAAGCGUGAGAAGAUGAAAAAGAUGGUGAAGUCUCUUAGAGGAAUUGUUCCUGGUGGUAAUGCGGAAAUGAACACAGUCGAUGUUCUUGAUGAAGCUGUUAAGUACCUCAAGUCUCUUAAAGUUGAAGCACAUAAAAUGGGCUUUGGAAAUUUGCCGGGUUGAAAUUUGAACCCGCUAGAAAAUGACUAUUGUGCCCCUGCUGGUAGGAUGUUGGCGCCUUUGUUUCUCGAGGUGUCUAAGCUGGGUAGAAGGGUAAUUUUACAUGCUUUUGUAUUCGAGAAUGAUGAACGUAGGGCUUUAGUGUGUGGUUAUGUGUUGUUUAUGACGCUUAGUUUAAUCUCGAUUUAUCGAAUAAUUGUUGUGUUUCUGCUUUUAAUUCA